GCUCAGAACCCAAACAAUAAAUUCCAACAUGGUGGCAAUGUGGUACAUAGUUUGAAAAUGCAGGCCGUGUCAUGCUUUGAAAAAAAUCAUUUUAUACUUGAAUUUGGUGGAAAAUGUCGGACCCUAAACGUGCUACUCUUAUAACAGCGGGUGCUCCAAAAAGUGUGAAGAAGAAUGUGAAUAAAUCAGUGAGAUUAUCUAUAAAUUUAGACGAAAGCACCGAAAGUAAAUAUACAGAGCUGAAUUACAAGGAACUACUCAUAGCAGCAGCGACUAAGGAGAGAAGACAGAACGGCAAGACAACAGGGCUGGACCCUUUUUCAGACAAUGAUGAUGAUGUGGAGCUAGUAGCAAGGAAAUUUGAGCAGAAAUAUGGAGGUAAAAGCACCUACGGCAAAAAGGGUAGGCACGACGAGUUUGCGGACAUCGGCGCCGGUUACGAUGAAAAUGAUUCUUUUAUUGACAACACGGAUGGUUACGACGAGAUGAUUCCGCCGGGAAGCGAUACGUUGCAUGGAGGUUUCUACAUCAACUGUGGGUCGCUGGAGUUCAAAGCUGUUCCCGAAAACAUGUCGCCUUCUGAUGCUGACUCCAAUAGGCGAAAUAAGCGGAGGAUCUCGUCCAGCAGCAGCGAGGAGUCGGAGAGCUCGUCAGAGUCGGACAGCGAGGGUGGAGGGGAGGCAGCACCCGUCGCCAACGGGGCCGUGCACUCGAGGGAGACCGAACACAGGAAAAAGAAGAACAAAAACAUUAAUAACAAGCAAGCAAGGAAAGUACGUAGAACUGAUUCGUCAGCAGCCACUUCCAGUAAACAGACUUCGGAUGACAAUGCUCAAGGUGAUGGUGAAAGCGACUCGAGGACGUCUCAGUCUGAUUCCUUGACGUCGAAACCUGCGCCCAGCUCGGAAACCGCCAUCACGUCUGAUAGUUCUAGAGAUGCCGAAGGGAAGGUAGAUGUGAAACUACCCGAAGUGGUGAGUAAACUGCUUGAAGAGUUGGAUGCAUAUAGUCAGCAAUCUAAAGACAUCGACAAUGAUGACAAGACUGAUCAGUUUAUUAUUAGUAUUUUCAGAGUGGAGCGUACGCUGUCAACUAGUGAAGCGGCGGGUAAUGCCCGGCGAGUUGCUUAUGAAAGAAUGGCGCGGGCCUUGCGUCGCCCUCGUACCGCACUAUUGCAGCGGGCAAGGGAACUAGCCGAUAAGGCUGUAUCAACAAGCCCUGAAAUUGCUCAAUCCACUGCCAAUACAACAAAUUUAACUUCCACUAACACUACAAAUGUAACUACAAAUAUAACAACUACAGUCACUGCAAAUAGAACUAAUAGUGUCUCAAGUAAGCCAAAAGUUGAGGAUAUUUUGGAGAGAAUCGACAUUGAUAAAAUGACUCCGGAAGAAAAGGAGGCUAAGAUUGUUGAAACCUUAGAGAAAUUAAAACUGUUGAUAGAGGAGCGAAAACCUGGAAUGAUAGCCGCAUACAACGCCCAGUGUGAAAGAGUACAAGAGGAAAAGAGGAAGCUGGAGAGUUCCGGCGCGGAGCGGCGGCUGCCCAAGCGGCGCUUCCCCUGGUGCGCGCGAGCGCGGGCGCUGCUGGCGCGGCUGGCGGCGCUGGGCGCGCCCGCACCCGCCGCGCUGCUGCUGGCGCGCGCGCUGCCGCUGUUCCCGCCCGGCUUCGUGCGCGCGCCCACGCUGCUGCGCCAGGCCGGUUUAAACAAGGAUAUCAAAGGGUCAGAUCACAAGAGACAAAGGGUUGGUUCAUCGUCCCAGUCAGCUGUAGUCAAUACCCAGUUUACCGAACCAAUCCAGUUUCCGAGCUCAUUAACCGUCACAACGUCUGUAAAAUCAUACGAUAAACAAGACGGAGACAUGGACCCCAAAUACAAAGUAAACCCCGCUGCCGUCUACGGAUCAGUGAUGAAUUCCUACUCUCUUAACAAAGAUUUAGUUAUAGAGACAUCAGAUGACAGAAAAAAGGAUUCAGAUAGGAGUAAAGAAGACUCAUACAUUCCGAACAACAUAGGCAGUAUAACAAUAACCCCAGUUCCAAGCAGCCAAAAAGCGAAAGUCACUACAUUAAAUGAUAAAGGUAAGGAACCUUUAUUAAGAGUAAAAUCUCCGGCCGCUCUAAACGAAAUGGUGCAUAAAAAGGAGAAAGAAAAACAUAAGAAACCAGAGAAAUCUCAUAUAUCUCGGGAGAAAACAGUUCAAUCUCCCUUGCACAUAGAUACGAACUAUCAGAGUAAAAAGAGUUCACCGAGCCCUAAAGCAAAGGAUGAACUAACUCAAAAGAGCGUUGAAGCUAUGAGGAUAGCGGAGAACAACAUACCUAGACCAGGUUUAAUUGCUGUUCAUCAUUCACCAACGUUUGCCAAACCGGACAAGAGGCCUCCGGAAGUUAAGAAGAAAAAGGAAAUCCUAAUAGUUUCCGAUGUUGAUCCAUUAGCGGACGUCCCACAGGAAGUCGACGACAGCAGCAGUGAUGUAGAAUUUGUUGAUGACAAAACGGACAAAAACGAACCUAAAUCUAGUGAAAAUAAGAGUGUUACAGUGCCUUUGAAGGACAAAGUGAGUGACAAUCGGAAAGUGAACAGUGUUAAACAGAAGAGUGAGAAAAUUUUUAAUUCAAUUAGUAGGGAGUGUAGGAAGGAGCAGUUGGACGAGGACACCAGGAAGGAUAUCGAUGCCGUUAUGCGGAAUAUUAGAGAAAUGGAGCAUUCACAAGAUCACACAAAGAUGAACUGCAACUCAUAUGGAGGAGUUAUAACUAGUGCUAAACGUGAGAUGUCUUCCAAACAAACGAGCCUGCCGGCUUUAUACGGCGAAUCGCGUAGCAAUAGUAGAGACAAAUUAAUGAACAUCUUUGAACAAAAUGGAUGGAUGCAGUCAUAGGCUGAAGUUAUCAAUUGUUGCGAGAGGAGAUCAGGAAAUGAUAUUAUUGUUACUAUGAUGGUAUAUUUAUUGAAACAGAUGGCUACUUAUGACUACAAGAUCUAUAAGGGAAUGAAUUGUAUGCAAAUGUGGUAAUACCGAGCUAUAGCGAUUGUAUUAUAUAUUAAAAUAAUAUAUUAUAAAAGCAUAUAUAUAUAUAUAUAUAUAAUAUAGAAAAGCAAAAAAAGAUCAAAAUCAAUAAUCACACUAUUCAAGUAAACUGAAUUAUAGUUAAAAAGGCUACCGCCUAAGGUGAAGCUGUCACUGAUACGGAAUGUAGAUUUUGCAG